AUGUCAACUCCCAAUCUGAAAGAGAUUCAUGACUUUCUAGUCUCAUUGGCCUUCAAGGCUGGAGACAUCAUCACCAAUGCCCUCCCAGACAAUAGCGGCACUGACUCGAAGAAGAACAGUGCCGAUCUAGUCACCGAAUAUGACCGCGCCGUCGAGAACAUGAUCUCGACAUCAUUGAAAGAUAAAUACCCCGAUUACGAAUUCCACGGCGAAGAAACCUACGACCCUGCGAGUCCCAUAACGGAUGCUCCGACCUUCGUCGUGGACCCGAUCGACGGCACGGUCAACUUUGUGCAUAGUUUCCCCUAUGCCUGCGUGUCACUCGGUUUCGCCAUUGGCCGAGUCCCUACUGUAGGCGUAGUCUACAACCCCUUUACCAAAACCCUGUGGUCGGCCAUUCAAGGCCAGGGUGCGUUCCGCAACCAGGAGACUCGUCUACCCCUGAAGGGUGACAACGUCGAGCCUCUGUCCGGGCUUCCCAAUGCGCUGGUUAGCAUUGAAUGGGGCUCAGACCGUACUGGACCUAAUUGGGAGACAAAGGUGCGCACUUUUGAGAAGCUGGGUCAGUCAAAGGAGGAUGGUGGUGCAAUGGUUCGCUCGUUCCGGAGUCUGGGGUCUGCGGCGCUUAAUACGUGUGCCGUGGCGGAGGGUACGAUGGAUCUUUACUGGGAAGGUGGGUGCUGGGCGUGGGAUGUUUGUGCGGCCUGGGUGAUCUUGACCGAGGCGGGAGGUAUGAUGGUGGAUGGUAACCCUGGAGGUUGGGAGACCACUCUGGAUGGUCGGAAAUACUUGGCUAUACGAGGAGCACCGCAAGCUGGCCAGAAGGAGCUGGUAGAGGAGUUCUGGAGCUUUGUCCAAGGCAGAUUGGAGUAUUAA